GCCCUAAAUUGAAAAAAUUGGAUCGCCAUUUUUGUUCCCCAAAUACAAACCUGUCUCGUCCAUUUCUUUCUCACUUGACUUCAGGUCAAAAACACGAACAACUAUCAAAUUGAUAGUUCUUCAGAUCGUUCUUUAUUCGUUUUUCGAUCACCAGUCAUUUUCAAUCUGCAUCGCAACAUAUUGGCGUAGAUAUUUCGUUUCGAAUUAUUAGCGAAACAAAUGCGCGAUUUCCGUCGUUACUUGUGAUUCAUCAUCGGUUUUUCAAUUCUUGUUUUGUAGGUUUCUUUUUUUUUUUUCUGUUGAGAAUUUGGGGUUUCGGGUCGGCGGGAAUUGACUGAUUGGUUUAAAUUUAGGGUUCUUCGGUAUUAUAUUUGAUUGAAUCUUUGAGAUGAAUAACAACGCACGCGGAGGAGGAAGGUAUCCGCCGGGAAUUGGGCGUGGAGGUGGUGGUGGGAAUUAUCAUGGAAAUGCCAACCCUAGUUUUCAGCAACAGAGAAAUUACCAACAACAGAAUGCACAGAGGAACCCGAUGCACCAACAACAGUUUCAACAGCAACAACAGUGGUUGAGAAGAAAUACAUUGGGAAACCAUCCAAGUACCACGGUCGAAGUCGAGAAGAAUAUGCAGUCAGAAGCCAACGAUUCUAGUUCCCGAGAUUGGAAAGCACAGUUAAGACUCCCACCAGCCGACACUCGAUACAGGACAGAGGAUGUGACAGCCACCAAAGGAAAUGAAUUUGAAGAUUACUUUCUUAAGCGUGAUCUGCUUAUGGGGAUAUAUGAGAAGGGUUUUGAGAGGCCUUCUCCAGUUCAGGAGGAGAGUAUUCCCAUUGCUCUCACAGGAAGCGAUAUUCUUGCAAGAGCAAAAAAUGGGACAGGGAAAACAGCUGCCUUUUGCAUUCCCGCUUUAGAAAAGAUUGAUCAAGAUAACAACGUUAUUCAAGUCGUUAUACUUGUUCCAACUCGAGAGUUGGCUCUUCAGACCUCACAAGUUUGCAAAGAACUUGGAAAACACUUAAACAUCCAAGUUAUGGUUACCACCGGUGGAACGAGCUUAAAAGAUGACAUAAUGAGAUUAUAUCAACCGGUUCAUUUACUUGUCGGUACUCCUGGAAGAAUAUUAGACCUUGCAAGAAAGGGAAUUUGCAUAUUGAAAGAUUGUGCAAUGCUUGUCAUGGAUGAGGCGGAUAAGCUUUUGUCACCUGAGUUCCAGCCUUCGGUGGAGCAGCUGAUUCACUUUAUGCCAGCAAACCGUCAAAUUUUGAUGUUUUCAGCGACGUUUCCUGUGACUGUUAAGGAUUUUAAAGAGAGAUACCUUCAUAAGCCGUAUAUUAUUAACCUCAUGGAUGAGCUCACACUCAAGGGAAUAACACAGUUUUAUGCUUUUGUUGAAGAAAGACAGAAAGUUCACUGCCUCAACACACUUUUCUCAAAGCUUCAAAUCAACCAAUCAAUAAUUUUCUGCAAUUCUGUGAAUCGGGUUGAGCUUCUGGCCAAGAAAAUUACGGAGCUUGGUUACUCGUGUUUCUACAUUCAUGCAAAAAUGCUCCAAGAUCAUCGUAAUAGAGUAUUUCAUGAUUUUCGUAACGGUGCCUGCAGGAAUCUUGUUUGUACUGAUUUAUUUACAAGGGGUAUCGAUAUCCAAGCAGUAAAUGUGGUUAUCAAUUUCGACUUCCCAAAGAAUUCAGAAACAUAUUUGCACAGAGUUGGUCGAUCUGGGCGGUUUGGACACCUUGGAUUGGCUGUAAAUCUGAUCACAUAUGAAGAUCGCUUCAAUUUGUAUAGGAUCGAACAAGAGCUUGGAACUGAGAUUAAGCAAAUUCCUCCAUUCAUUGAUCAGGCUAUUUAUUGUCGGUAACUGAACUACUGGAGUCUGAGAACUUUGGCGUAUGCUGAAUGGGCGGCAACUAUGUGAACGGAGGGGUUGGCGAAAUAUUAUUCCGAAACAUUCGUUCUUGACUUCGGAGUACAACGCUUACCUGAUUGUUUUCAAACGGAAGAGGGUCGUUUCUUCACGAAAUCCGUCGUAUUUUAAGUACAAUGCUUUAUAGUUACUGAUAACUUUGAUUGUUUUCAAAUAGAAGACUAAGUCAUUUCCUUAAGAAAACUUGUCAUCUUCGCUAUGAAUCUUCGAGUGGAAGUAAAUUAUCUUUCGAAUCUUAUUGACGCUUUUUUGUUCU